AAAUAGACCUAGCUCUUACUAUAUAACGCCACCGUUCCUCCGGAGAUUCAGUAGGGACGGCGUUGUCCAGCACGGGGGACUUUAGCUGAUUUCUUGUCACCGGAGCAAUUACAAGGUUCCUUCUUCCCAGGCAAAACAAACAUUUCCAAAACGAGACUUUCGCCUCCUGCGCACUUCAGCAGAAUUCUAGCUCAGCUGUCCUGUUCUUCGCAACUCCAGAAUUUCGUCUCUCUCUCCGUUAUCUGUCACUAGGAAAAGCAGAAUGAGUGCGGCACUGGAUUUGUUUUCUAUCAAGAACGCUAGCCCUAGCAGCUUCUCUGGUUCCUUUCCCAUGAAGAGAGUUCUCUCUAAUUUUGCGCCGUUUGCUUCGUGUGCAUCAGCGAGGGUAAGACCGGAUUCUGUGUUUAGACUUCGCAGUUGCAGAGUUCCUGCUGUUUCUCGAUGUGCUGUUGUUCCAACGGGACUUGGUGCUUGUUUUGUUUCUCUGGACAGAGCAAGGUCGCGUCAUCGAAUUGUUGUUGCUUCCGCAGCUUCUCAUGAGGAAUCGGAGCAUUUGGAAAUUGAAGUGGGAAAAGAGGAGGAUAAUAGGAAAAUGCAGGUUGAGGAAUCAGAAGAAGCAUGGAAACAGACUCUAGAAUCCUUCAAAGAAGAAGCUUUAAAGAUGCAAAGUGUGUCCAAAGAAGCUUAUGAGAUAUACUCUAAGAAAGCAAUGGUCACUUUGAAAGAAACUUCAGAGAAGCUGAAAAUUCAAGCAGACAAGGCAAGACAUGAUUUGAGUAUAAUAGCUAGUGAACUCAGUGAAGAUGGUAAAGAAUAUUUGUCAGCAGCUACAGAGAAUUCCCCUGAACCAGUGAAGGAGAUUGUUGAAACAUUCACUUCCUCAGCUGAUGAUUUGAAUGAUGUUUCUAAACUCCAUGAAUUUCAUGUUGGAAUACCAUAUGGUUUGCUUCUCUCUGUUGGUGGAUUUCUUUCCUUCAUGCUCACAGGCAGCAUUUCUGCCAUUAGAUUUGGUGUUAUUCUCGGUGGUGCUCUGUUGGCUUUAAGCGUCCAGAGUUUAAGAUCAUAUGAGAGAGGAGAACCAAAUGAUCUAGCUCUGAAUGGGCAGGCAGCGAUAGCAGCUGUGAUAUUUCUAAGGAAGAUAAGCUUCCUAUCUCAGAGACCAUUUCUUACUUUCUUUCCUGUGUUCGUCAGUGGUGCAGUGGUGGCAUUUUAUGUAUAUAGAAUGACAAUGAAUCGUAAGCAAAGCAAAGGAUCAGACUUGCAACAUGGUUCAGAGAAUUAAGUGAGUCUAUGGUGAAAUUUUCAGGACCCAAUCUCUACGUGCUUCGGGGAGUAGUUUGACGGGUCAACCUUGGAAUGGCAUAAAUUGUUCAAAAGCAAGGACUGCUUGAUCGAUGCCUUGUUUAAGUAUGAUGUUUACAGAACCAGGUCUGUUACAAUUACAACUCUAGUCUGGUUUGUUCUUGUGGUGUUGUGGAGGGAGUUACUAUAAUCUGGUGAAUUUUUGCUUUCCCACUUUAUGUUACAAAGGAUAUAGUUAACACUGAAGAAAAAGGGUAAAACCAUA